GAUGAUUGGUGUGUAAAGGUAACUGAGCGGUGUCUGUGCGUUUUGGGGUCUUUUUCAUACACUUCAUCUCUUUCAAAGUAUUGUUUCUGAGAAAAAUAUAUAUGGCUGGCCAAAAAUUUGUCUCAAAGUCUGAUACCUUUCGGCAGAUUUAUUUGGAAAAAUAUAUUAAUGGAAAUUUAGAUGAAAAACAUGCAGCUUACAUUCUUUUGAAAUUCUUUCAGUUUUAUUAUCUCCAAAAAAAUUCCAUUGGCAUUAGCAUGCGUUGUAACAAAUUGUUUCACUUCCAUUAUCUACACAAAACAGCAAGCAGUUUCAGUGAGUCAUGUUUUAUUUGUUUCCUUGAAAAACAACAAAAUGGAUCUCUGACGUCAAAGAUUUCUAGGUGAGGUAUGUGUGUAUCGUCUUUCCAUCCAUUUUUAGUAGUGAUUCUUCAUACAUUACAUUUAAAUUGGCUUGUUUCUUGGAAUUUUCUAAACGUCACUAUAUAUAUACCGUGAUUCUUCCUCUGUUAUGGCACAGUCUUGUUCUGUUGUGAAAAUUUCAUCUCCAAACUGACAGGAUGUUUUCCAUUCUCUUAGUGAUUUUUAUUUCAAUUUCACAAGCUCGGACAGAUUCCUUGAUAACCGGUACUUAUGAUCCAAAUCAAUAAUAGGCGUGAAAUAAAGGAAAUCGAUAUUCUACGACAGAUUAUAAACCAAGAGACCCUUAUCAGGGUGUCUGUGGUCAAGGAUGUGAGAGCAGUGGUGGACGAUGUUAGAUCUUUGAAACAAAGCAUGGCGUCUACAAAAUCGAUGCUCACCACUUUACAGCGGACUCUGGAAUUAUUAAAAAAACAGGUUGAUUCUCUAGGUCAGGACAACACUCUAUCGAAGGCAAUAGGGACAUUGCAAAAACAGGUAGAUAAUCUUAGUCAGGACAACUCUUUACAGCAGAGGGUAGAAACGUUACAAAGACAGAUGGAAAAUGUAAUUAAGAAUAACAGUUUAAAGCAGACGGUAGAAACAUUAAAAAGUCAAAUUAGUUAUCUACGUCAGGAUAACUCUUUACACCUAAAAAUAGAAACAUUACAAGGACAGGUUGAUUCCCUGAAGCAGGAAAACAGGAGGAUUACAAAAUAUCUAAAUAAGAUUCGGGAAUUAGAUGAGAUGUUCAAGAUACUUAAAGAAAACAUAAGUGACAUCUAUGAUGAUGUCAAAGGCGGUAAAGUUCAAAUUAAUGAGAAAGGUUUAAAACAAAGCAGUGAUUGUAAGGAUCAUUUUGAACUUGGACAGACACUCUCAGGUUUAUAUACAAUAUAUCCCUUUGGUAACAACAGCCAGGUCCGGGUGUAUUGUGAUAUGGUAACAGAUGGCGGGGGUUGGACAGCAAUUCAGAAACGAAGUGGUGGAUCAGUGACAUUCAACAGAAUGUGGGCGGAAUAUAAGAAAGGUUUUGGAAAUUUAAGUGACAUCUACUGGAUCGGAAAUGACGUGAUUCACCAGCUGACAAAGGAAAAUAACUCGGCCCUCUAUUUAUCCAUAACUCUAAGAAAUGGUACAACGUUGUAUGAACGUUACCAUCAGUUUUCUGUGUCUGAUGAAUCAGACAACUACAGACUUUAUCUCGGGGGACCAGCUACCGGGACACUGGGUGACCGUAUGCUAGACACGGGGAGAUCUACUCAAGAUCUGUCCGGGAUGUCGUUCUCCACCCCAGACAGAGACCACGACAGAGCUGGUAGUUAUAACUGUGCUGUUGAUCACGGAGGAGGCGGCGGCUGGUGGUAUAACAACUGCCAUGAUGCCAACCUCAACGGUCCCUGGUCCCCGGCAUACUGGUGGGAACCCUGGUUUCCGCUACUUAAGAAUGGGGGAGAUAUAACGGAGACUCUCAUGAUGAUUAAAUCUCACUGAAUACGUUAUAUGACGUGUACCUUGUGUUUAACUUGUGGUUAAUAUUGUUGAUUAAAGACUUUUGGUUAAAGUCAAGACAUUCAUUCAGUUAGGAGGUUUCUUUGAUGUUCAUGAUGUGUUAAAUAUUUCAUUUAUACAUGUACAUACUAAUUCAAAUCUAUAUAUCAUAGAUCAUGGUGUUAUAAUUCUAGUCAUUGUUCUGUUAUUGAUGUUAUAAUACAAAGUUAUAUUUUUAUUGGUCUUAUAUUAUUAUGUUAUGAUUUUCUUAAUAAAGUUUCAUUAUAUUCUAAACAUUCUAUAAAAAAAACUUAUUAUCCAUUAAAGCGAUUGCCUUUAUUCUUUCUGCAUAAUAAACUUUUUGAUUUAAUCUUACUAUAUCUUAUUUUAUUAUUAAUCUUAUGAUAUUAUGAAGUAAAUAAAUGACAAUGAA